AUGUGCCAGGCUUUGUUACGAUAUAAAACGUUAUUUGAAAUAACAAAGCCAAAUUCUAAAACUGUUCAACUGAUUCAACAUAAAUUACUGGAAGAGUUAAAAAAUGGUCUUUCUACACAAGAACAAGUUUUAUUUCUGUUAGAGUAUGAAGAUAUAGAUUUCGAUCUAUUCUACUAUUUGAUAUCCUCGAAGUAUACGAAAAAGAACACGAAAAUAAUGACAAAUUCGUUUUGUAUUCGAAAAGGUUUAUUGAGAAAAGCAAAUUUUUCCACAUUCGUACAACGUCUGGUGGCUAAAAGACCAGAAUCACCACUAAUCAAGCAUUAUCCUGAAACGUUUGUUUUAGACCUAUCACAUCCAGAUUAUCUUGACGAAGCACUCAAUGAAGCAUAUGAAUUACGUGAUGUUUUACAACAAAAUGCUCUGUUGUUAGAAGAUGAGAGUGUGACGUCAAAAACAAAUGAAGAACCAAAAUUGUUGAUAUUGAAAGCAUCGUUAAUUGACAAAGGCCAAGAAUUAUUUAUAUUUCGAACACAAAAUGAAUUAGAGGACUUUUUUAAUGAAAAAAUGAAUGACGAUGAUGAAAAUGAAAUAACAAAUUUACGUGAAUGGGUAAUUCAGAGAUAUAUUGAAAAUCCGUUAUUAUUAUGUGGUGGAAGAAAAUUUCAUUUGAGGGUCUAUAUUGUUGUAGAUGAAAAUUUGAAGGUAUACAUUUACGAUGGUAUAUUAGCCUUAUUUGCAUCGAAAUCCUAUAAUUUGACUAUGUCAACAUUAAGUGAUCGUCUGGUGCACAUCACAAACACAUGCGUCCAGAUGUCGGAUGACGAGAAGACAAUGGAUGAACACAUGUUAGUCAAAGAAUUUUUCAAAUUAGAUGAAGAUCUAAAUCAUCAAAAAAUUUAUGAGCAGAUCAAACUGAUUGUCAAAGAAAUAUUUGGAGGUCUUCAUCAUGAAAUAAGUCUGUUUCAACCAAUUCAAAAUUGUUUUGAAAUAUAUGGUUUUGAUUUUAUAAUUGAUCGCAACCUAACCGUUUAUUUUCUUGAAGCAAACGCUUAUCCUGAUUUCAAACAGACUGGUGCGGAUUUAAGUGUGAUAAUUGAAGAAUUAUUUAUGAAUAUCGUGGAUAAAAUUAUAUUACCAUUCUAUGGUGAACAGCAGCAGAUAGAUGAUAGUGCUAAGAGGCAACUGCAUUUGAUUUAUGAUAGAAACAUGUCUCGUUAG